GUAUGAGGAAGUUGACGUCGCUAUACAAAAAGGCGACGGGGAAAGCCACGGAUGCAAGUGACGGGUCCGGAAAGAGACCCCGGGGAAGACCUCCAGGAAGGCCGAGAGGCGGAGGCAGGGGUGGAGGAGGUCCUUCUAUACCUGCUGUUGAGGAGGAGACUGAGUCGCCUCUAGGUGCGGCUGAGUCUGAGUCUGACUCGCCUAUACCUACGGCUGCGACUCAGUCUGGGGAUGAGGAGGAGCAGGUAGAGGAGGAGCAGGUUGACCAGGGGGUAGCUCUAGCUCUACUUCUUCUCGUGUGUGGCUGCGUGGUCCUUCUAGCCUCCCGAGGCGACCGGUGCCAAUGGCUAGACGCCCGCUCAUUCGACCAGAUGGGGAGAAGAACUGGCUGAGGGUUGGAGAGGGUGACCACUCACGCCAUGUAAACGGCAUCCUUGGACUUUUGAUCAAGGAGAAGUUCCUUGGCAUGGUUACUUUGGGCGGAGUAACCGAGCCGGCAUACACAUGGGCCCACUAUGCAGCC